AUGUCGCUCUUUGGAACCAACACCACCAGCCAGACCCCAGCUGGCGGUGGACUUUUUGGGACAACGACCUCCCAGUCCGCUCAGACAGGGUCUUUGUUUGGCACGGCGACAUCCCAACCGCAGCAGACAGGAGGUCUUUUUGGUUCGACGGCAACCCAGACGCCGUCCUCCCAACUCCAGAGUACCGGCCUAUUCGGCAGUACCACGGCCACAAGCCAACCGCAGCAGACAGGAGGGUUGUUCGGCUCGACGACGACAACGACGAGUCAGCCUCAGCAGACGGGAGGGUUGUUUGGGGCAACAGCGACGUCACAACCGCAGUCAACAGGCGGCUUGUUUGGCAACACGACAACCACAUCGCAGCCGGCGCAGACUGUGGGAUUGUUCGGCACGACUACUCAACCACAGCCCGCUCAGAGUGGUGGUCUUUUUGGCAGUGCUACGCAACAGAAGCCGGCUACUGGAGGGCUCUUCGGCAGCACAACCACAAAUACGGGGGCCGGCUUGUUUGGUAAUACCUCGAAUACUAUUGGAGGCGGCGGGUUGUUUGGGCAAACAGCGAAGCCGGCCACCGGGGGCCUUUUCGGCCAAUCGACAACACAGCCUCAGCAGCAGCAGAACGCUACCCCUGGCCUAACCAUGGGCCAAUCUACCAAUACUCAGCAGCAGGUUGUCCCAGGCGUGCGCAUCGAUCUGAGCAACAUUAAAUCUACCACCCGCUUCAACGACCUCACAGAAGCUCUCCAGCAAGAAAUUGCCAAGAUCGACGAAGAAAUCCAAAAAUGCAUCCGUGACAAGGAGGCUGUUGAUGCCUUCCUCCCUGCUCACGGCGAGCAGCUCGCUGCGAUUCCGACCGACGUUAACUUUGUGACGCGCAAGUCAGAGGGCGCGCAUAACGCCCUGUCCAGUGACAUCCUUGCGAUCGACCAGCUGCGCGAGCUGGUCAAGCAGGAUGCCGACAACGCGCGGCUGUCCUUCAAGGCCAUCGACAACCUGAAGCUACCGAUGCAGUACCAUCAAGCAGGGCUAUGGUCAAAGCAGAUGGGAGGUGCUGGGACCGCUGGCGCGUCGGGCGCCUCUGCGGAUGCUGAUGGUCAGAGCAACGCGGAUUUGAUCAGCUACUUCUCCAAGACGGCUGACGAAAUGGAAGAGAUGAUGAAGAAAUUUGAGAAGACCAUCACAGAGAUUGAAGCUCACCUAACGGGUGUUGAGGCCCAUGCCAUGGCCAUGCAGAAUGUUGCGGCCCAGUCCAGGAAUGCGGCCCAGGGUGGCGUGGACGAGAGGGUCUAUGAGUUGGCGGCUGUGCUGCGGGAGUUUGAGGAAAGCAUCCUCAAGGUUGCCGGUGUGGUUGGAGGUGUGAAGGAAGGCGUUACGGAAUUGCAACUGAGGGACUUUAUGGGACACGGUAGCUGA